AUGGCUCGCUUCGCUUUCCUCUCCCUGGCUUUGUUCUCGGUUCAGGCCUUGAUCGGCGGCACUCUGGCAGCAGACACCGCUGAAAAGGCUGAAGCAUCGUUUGAAGCGCGGACCCCCGCUGUGACCGCGCAGGCUGCAUUCCCUGCCUCUGAGAUCUUCGGCGUGAAGCUUGUCAAUGGCCACCCCACGCAAGCCUUGGUAACGUUUACCAAUAAUGAAGCGUCUCCGGUGACUGUAAACUUCAUUGGCGGUACUUUGUCCACUUUAGACGAGGAGAGCACGCUGGUUCGCAACUUGACUGCAACUCGCUACGGCGUGGAUAUCCCCGCUGGUGAGAAGGAGAGUCUGAGCUAUACCUUCGCUACCGAGAUGCACCCUCAGGACCUCAGACUUUCUCUCGCCUCAGUUAUCUCCGAUAGUGAGGGUGGUUUCUUUACGGUUUACGCUCACAACGGCACCGUUAGUGUCGUGGAACCAGAAACCAGCAUUUUCGAUCCUCAGAUUAUCUUCCUUUACUUCUUCCUCCUUGCUUGCUUUGGUGGCGUUGCAUACUUCUUCUAUACCGUUUGGAUUGCACCAUACUUCCCCCAGAAGCGCAAGUCCGCCAAGCCAGAGGGCUCGAAAAAGUCCUCUGGCGCCUCCAAGGCCGAAGCCCCUGCUGACAGCCCGGCUGUCUCCUCCGCUACCACCUACAACGCUGAAUGGAUCCCUGCUCACCACAUCAACCGUCCUGAAGCCAGGAAAGUCAAGGGCUCCUCCCGGUCCAAGUCUCGCGCAUAA